AUGUCACCCAACCAUACUAACAGCCAUACCUCCGAUGAGGUCCCCUCCACCCCACCAAAUAUUGCUGAAAUUUCACCUGAGGUAUCACAAUCUGCCCGCAGGGAAUCAACCCGACUCCGAACCCCCGUUGUAAAACCUGGCUUUGCAUUCACCCAGGUCACCCAAGUUUCCACCCGCACCGGCAAGAAGAUUACUGUUGACACAGUACAGGACUCGGACGAAGAAAACGCCAAAGUCCAAGACAAAUCCAAGAAAGUGUCAAAGGACGGGUAA